AUAUGCUAAAAAUGCUUUUGUUGGUGCUGCUCGGUCUGGAGCCAGGAAAUGCUUGAAAUGCCAUGGCCUACUCUGUAUCAAUUGCAAGGUUCCUUGGCAUAGUAGCAUGACAUGUGAAGAGUACAAAAGGAGGAAUCCUAAUCCCCCAGCAGAGGAAAUGAAACUUAAGUCCCUUGCAUCAGUUAAUCUAUGGCGCCAGUGUGUGAAAUGCCAGCAUAUGAUAGAACUCUCUGACGGUUGUUAUCAUAUGACUUGCAGGUGCGGGUAUGAGUUUUGCUAUAACUGCGGAGCUGAAUGGAAAGAUAAGAAGGCUACAUGCUCUUGUCCAUUAUGGCAUGAGGAUAAUAUCUGGUUUGAUCAUGAUAGAGAUUUUGAUGACGAUGAGAAUGAAGAUGACUUUGACGACUCGGAGUACUAUGAUUCUGAUUCGGAUUAUCCUUUUUGGUAAACUCUAAUGCAUAUGAUAUUUUGAUUUUGUAGGGCUCUCGAGUCUAUACCCUCUUCUUGUUGCCACUCCUCUUGGACUCUUAUUUUUGUCCAGGAUAAUUUUUUAGGCAACUAUUAAUCUCUCUGUUUGUAUAUAUAAUAUAUUUGUGUGGGUAUGAUAAUUUUUUAGGCAAAAUCUUUAUGUUUGUAUAUAUAAUAUAUUUGUGUAGGUAUACUCUCUCUCUCUCUCUCUCUCUAUAUGUGUAUAUAUACGUGCUGCAAGCUGAUAGUUUGAACAGUGUGCUUUGAUGAA